AAAUACAUCACCGCAUCUUGAGUGUAGUGUAGUGUCAUCACGCUAGCACCCAACCUGUACCCAAAACCGCCAACAUGGUCUCCCUCAAGCUCACCACCACCAUCGCCACGAUGCUCGCGACCCUCACCAUCGCCGCCCCAUUCCCAGGCCCAGGCCCAGACCCAGCUCCGGCCCCGGUCUCCACCUCCACUUCCACUUCCAUCUCCACAUCCACGGCAACCAAGCCCUUCAGCUUCUCCAAAUGGGUAGACGACAUCCUCAACCCCAACGUCGUCGCCCUCACCCCAGAGCAAGCCCUCGAAGCCUACUACCAGAGCAUCAAUGGCACCAGGACCACCACCACCACCACCACCACUACUGGUACCGAGCUGUCUAAAAGGGCUGGCGCAACCUGCGAACCCAGCAACUCCAAGCGCAUGCCUGUCGCCGACGCCGUUUACAUCGUCAACAAGAUGGCCGCAGGCGGACAGAAGCCCGUUCACAUGCCGCCUCCCUUUUGCUCGGAAUCCAUCUGCCGCAGCACGAGCGGGAGGUCGGAGAUGGUUGGGCAGAAGGAUUGUAAUUUGUAUGUGGAGGAACCGUCCGAGUAUUGGGCGAGGGCGGGGGGGUUGAUUAUGGACGCCUGCACUUGGGGUGACAUGAGCGGUGGUAAGAUCAUCAUGCCUGCGAAUCAGUACAUCACUGUGUUGCUGUAUGGUCAAGGGCACUGAUGAAGGUUAAAAUGGGUUGAGUUGAGGGUCACGGGCAACGGUUUUUGUGCUUGGUGGCUCAUGUCUGUUGAAAAGAAGUGUCAUUAUUUCUCAGGUUCUGUGUUGCUAGGGAGGUUUUGUCUUUUUUGCUCUGUAGGGUCGGGCAGCCUGAACCUUGGGUGAUGUUCGUAAGGACGUGUCGGAAAAGAACUAUCUAGAAGAAUGUAUCAUAUGAACUUGGGAAACCCGGAAACCGCGUCAGGCCGGCAACGAAGGGUUGAUAUGAAAGCUUCUUGCCAUUUUCAUCAACACCCGCGUACAUACAGCCAAAAGCAACGGGAAAAUCUCCAAUUCAAGGUGAUGAACUUUG